AUGGCCACGCCAUCAACAUCAUCUGCAUCAGGCAGAGAGGAUGACAUUUCAAAGACCACCAUCAAUACCAUCGUUAAGGAAACAGUGCCCGAAGUGUUUGCAUCUACCGACGCAAAACGACUAGUGUUCAGUUGUUGCAGCAAAUUUCUGGCUCAUUUUUCCUCAGAGGUUUCUAAAAUCUGUGACCAGGCUGACAAGAAGAUGGUAUCUCCAGUACACGUCUUCAGUACGCUCGAAAAUCUCGGGUUUGAAUCUUUCAUUCCCGAAGUUCAAGAAGCGCUCAAUGACUGCAAGGCUCAAAAGAAGGGUCGCCCUCAAACCAACGACGAAAUUCCCGAUGAUGAGCUCCUACGCCAGCAGCAAAUUCUGUUUGAGGAGGCACGGCGAACACAGACCCAACUGGCCAAGGAUGAAUGGCGUCGUGUUCAACUGGCGGCCGAGCAGGCCCAGGGCACUGCAGAACAGCACAGCUGCUCCUCAACACAAGAGGACGAGGAGGACAACAUGUGA